GGAGCAGUGUGUAGUUUCUCCUUAAUCCGUAGCCUCUUCUAUCCUAUUUAAACAGCAAGUGUUCACACAUUUCCUUCAUUCUCCACCAAGAGAAGCAGCUGCCACCUACUAUAAAACUUUCUGUCUGAAUACCACAAAUACCGGUAAGUCUUGGAGAUUUACUGGGCAGAAGAGGAGAGAAACUACUUUAGAAUUUGGGGCAUAAGGGAGGGAGUGCUUUUGUGGACCUGUAGUCUUACUACCCCUUUAUAAUUAUAAAGCAUAUAAUCAUAAACUUUAAAGUGUUUAUUUCAGCAAUAACAGUACAAGUUAAAUGAAGUUUCUUUUAAUAAUCCAACAAUCAGACUACUAAAACAGACCAUGUAUUCCAGCAACAGACCUUGAAUCUAAAAAUGACAUUAAUGCAAAUUCAAACAGAAUCUCUCUCUGCACAACUGAGGCAAAAUCCCAGGGGGUUCCAGGAGGUGCUUCUUUGUGGACCUGUAGUCUAACUACUUCUUUAUAAUUAUUGGGAGCCAAUGAUAUUCCCUGUGUGAUAUUGAAGUGACAUGGAGCCUUCUGCAGUGAUGGAGGAAGGGGGCGAGCCCCCUCCCUGGGUGCCAUCUCUGAGGAGGUGUGACAAGAAGGCACCCUACGGGGGUCUCACCCUGCCACUCCCAGGCGCGCACCGCCAUCGUGCUGCCACUGACACGUGCGGACGAUCCUCUGCUCGUGGCUGCACCCUUCUCCGCCGUCCGUACAGCACUCGAGCGGUGCCACUGGCAAACCGACCAGUGGCGCAUGCGCGGCGCCGCUCAAGCGCCAUACAGUGUACCCUAACCCUUCACCACCGCUGCAGCCGCGAGCGAAGGUUCCCUCUGAUGACUCUGCAGCUGCGAGCAGAGGAUCCCACCGCCAUACAUACGAUGCGAACGCAUGUGUGGUAUGUAGCAGUGCACACAUGGUACGUAGCAGCACACGCACAUGCGCCAGCAGGCUGUUUGCCCCGCCCCCUGCCCUGGGUGCCUGUUCUCCUUCCUUCGCCACUGGCUUCCCUAAGGCUUUAGGGAUUGGUAUAUCUGGUCCCUCCAGCAACCAGAACUCAGUCUCCUCUAAAUGUCAUGAAACACCUUGCAGGAUGAGAUCAUGAUGUGAUCCAGAGGCAGAAUCCCCAUUCCUACCAGAUUCUGAACUCAUAUGCAACAUCUUGGGUUUGGAAGGGGCCCAUGGGUAUCUUUGAGAACGCAGAUGGGACUGGAAGGGGCCUCUGGGUAGGGGAAGGAUUCAGCAACAGAGAAGCUAGAACUCCCUGGAACAUUUCUUUUGUAAAUAGCUUAUCAAGUUUAUCUUAUAUUAGGAACAUCCAUCCCGACUUCCAGAUCUCUUUCAGAAUACAAUCCUAUACAAACUGAGGGUUUCUGAAUAGCAAUGAGUAGGGCUGCAUGAGUCACCAGAAGACAAUGGCUAUCUCAAUGCUUUGUGAUUAUUUAUUUCAUAAGGAAGUUUUUCAUUGUGUGGAAAUGUAUGUUCUUUUGCCUAUCACUGACUCUGCUGUCAGGCUAUUUUAAUAGGACCUCUUGAGCUCUAGAGUUAUGGCAACAGAAGAGGGAGAGAGGAAUAGCCACUUCUUUAGUGUCACGCAUAAUCUUAUAAACUUCUAUUAGGCCCUAUUUUUAUAUUCCUGAAUCCAAAACACCCAAAUGGUGGAGUUGAGUGGCUGAUCAGACUACCAGCCCUCCUUGUGCAGAGUGAGGAAGAGAUCCAAGAACACAGGAUGUAUACGUCACUCUAAGCGUUUUAUUUAAGCAAUAACAGUACAAGUUAAAUGAAGUUCCUUUUAAUAAUACAACAACCAUUCUACUAAAACAAACCACGUAUUCCAGCAGCUGAGUUUGAAUUUAAAAAUGACAUUCAUGCAUAUUCAAGAACACUUUCCUCUGCUGAGCUGUAGCAAGAUCCCAAGGUGUUCCAGGGACUCACCCAGUGCUCCUUUGGAGAAUUGAAGACAUGGUAGAGACUGUUGUAGCUUUAAGAAAUAUGAUUUAUACACAUAUUUAAACCUUCAGUCUGCAUGGAGGGGGUGCAGAUCUUACAGCAUGGCAAUCCCAAGCAGGGAUGCUCAUCUAGUCUUAACAAUCUGCACCUCCUGGACACGUUGGUGUUAGAAGGAACAAAUCAGACGCCACAAGAAAAUACGAGGAGGAAUAAAGAAUUGGGGAAUCUCUUCUCUUCCCCCACAGCCCCCAUAGAUGUGUCCUUCCAUCCUCUCCUAGCUCUGAACCUCAACAGUCUGGCACUACAGUACUAUUGCUGUAGAGCAUUAACUACCAAGGUUGAGGGUAGGCAAGUAAGUUUAUCUGCCCCUUCCAGUGCUGUAUGGGUGAAAGGAUGGUGUCAGUUUAUGCACACAAUGAGAGAAGCAGCUUCAGAUCUGAAUUUUGCUCCUCUUUCCAAGAUAUUCUGAGCUGUUAGGCAGUCUCUUCCCAUCACAGCUGAGAUAGGAAAUUAAUUCGAACAGCAGUUACCAGCAUGGCACUCAUGAGUGCCUGGGUGCCCUCGUAUGGUGCUCAUAAAAGGUGUCGGUAAAUAUCCCCUCAAAAUCAACUGGCUCAGCCUCUCCAUUUAAUGGGGCUUCAGUAUUGAAGGCCCACUCUCUCAUACGUUCUGAACAAGGAAGAGGUGCAAAGAGCUUCUCUUUUGAGCAAGCACAGCAGUGAUGGAUAUAGGUGUUUUAGCCACACUGAACCUUCAAACUAGCAUUGAUUUUCUGCAGAAUCUGGAUCUUUCCUUUCCCAAACGGCCAUUCCCUAAAAUCACAAGGCAAACUGCUUUUAAAACUGAUCAGCCUGUUAAACGCAAUUUAUAUUCCUUGGAAGGGGUGGGUGGGUCUCCUAUCAAAUGGAGAGAUAAAAAGAUAGAGAAAUAUGUCACGACAAGUAGAAGAUGUUUGGUUCGUCUUUCAAAGCACCUCACAAUUAAUUAGUAAUCAUUUACCUUUGGCAUCAUAUUUGGCACUGGCAGGUAUAUUGUGUUAAAGCACUGAGACUGUUUUCCAAGAGGUCAGCAAAUUCUAUUAAUUCUUUCAUUAUCAAAAAUAAUAUACAUUAAUAAUAAAGUAAUUACAAAGAGUAAAUAAAUGAUCAAUUUGUGAAAUCUUCUGAUCUAACUGAAUACAUUGCUUUCUUUUCCUAGAAUCAAGCACCAUGCCAGAGAUAGUCCCUAAGAACAAAGCCCCAGGGGUUGAUUUCUGUGGGGUAGAUGAAUAUUACUACAUUGUCCGCUCAGACCUGGGCUGCUACAUGAGGUCCACCAAUUUCCAUGAGGGCAAAGACCUUGAAGUGUUUAGCCUGCAUAGUUCCUGCACGGGAGGAGAUCACUAUUUAGCCCAUGAGGAUGACCUAUUCUACAUCAUCAAAGGAGACAACUAUCGCCGUGUCAGCAACAUGAAUAAAGACCUAGAUGCUAUAGUAUACAGCCUCCAUCCCAACUGCCGCGGAGGGGACCAUUACCUCUCAGCCUUUGGAUCCUUCUAUAUCAUUUUCCAGAAAAGAGGUGUUUACCGUCGGAUCACUAAUAUGCAUGAAGAUACAGAUGCAGUUGAAUACACACUUCACCCAGCUUGCAAGGAUGGUCUCUAUUACUGGGGCAUCAAGGAUUACUAUUACUUUGUAAAACCCCAUGAUGAAUGGGGGGUUCAGUACUAUAGAUGCACCAACUUCCACGAAAAUGUGGAUGCUGUUACAUACUCCUUCCAUAGAGAUGUUGUGAACAUGCUCCCUGGAGGAAUGGCUAUUAGCCGAGGCCCAGCUUAUGGUAAGUGGGAAGCUAUCAAGACCAUCUCCAAUGACUCCACCACUCCCAUUGUAUGGAAUAAGAAGAUCACUAAGAAAGUGGGAUACAACAAGCAGAAGAUGAGCAGUGUGGAACACAACUGGAACAUAUCCAUGACUGCCUCAUAUCAGGCAGGCGCGAUCACUGAGGCUAUUGCGAAGUACCAGUUCUCUCUCACUGCUGAGUAUGGUGGUAAGAGUGUCAACACAGAGCAGGAAGACUGGAAUGAAGCCACUGAGAUCGAAGAAGCUAUUAAUUUGACCCUGCAGCCCAAUGAGAAGAUGUACAUAUGGCAAUACCAGCUGGGUUUGGGCAAGGAAACGAUUUUGUUCUGUCGUGAUAUGAAAUUUUCAUGUGAUUCUACUCCACCUACAGAUAUUCCUUUGCCACCUUCCAAUAAGUGAAAAGAAAAGUGUUAGGCCAAAAGGAACCUUCAAAGGCUUCCUCUCUAUUAUAACAUUUAAUUGAUUACUAUGGGCUAAUAUUUAGACAAUCUAGAGCUCUCAUAAGGGGGAGUUAGCGGAGUAGGAUAUAAACAUGCAUAAACUAAACAUGAAGUGAGAUUAUUGAUUACAGUACUAGACAUAUUAUAUACUCUCAUAUGGACAUACACAUCCUGCUAGGCUACAGUUAGAAAAGCAUAUCCUAGUUUAUGCAUGAUGCAGGUGACCCAAGCUGAAUGCCUUUCAGAUAAGCUACUAUUUCCUGGUGCCUAUGAAUCCCUUUGCCAAAAUUGUGCCUUCAAAUUAAUUUGUACCUGCUGAACUCUGGAAUCUGUCCCACUGUUAUACAAAUCAAAUAAAAUGAAUAAUCAAUGGAUUAAAAA